GGGAGAAAGUCGCUGCUUCUCACUUGUGUAGCGCGAGAGGAGGAGACGAACGAGCGCAGGGUGAAAACUUUACUCCCAAACAAGUCCUACAACCUUUUCUACCAAAUCAACAUUGAGCUGUGGAUUAUGCACGGAAAAGAACAUCUUUUUACGCACGUACCGUUGCUCGUGGUUGUAAUUUUCUGCGCUUCAGUUUCGAGCUCUGUUUCCGGAUAAUAGCCCAGUGUUUUGGAAAGAAUUGCUCUACUGGGAUUUUUCCUUUCCUUUCUAUUAUUUUAUGACAAGUUGCACUCCCAAAGUAGGCCUAAUUCAUCUUUAAAAAACGUGCUGCCAGAUCUGGGACAUGGACAGACAUAGAUAACAAGGGUGAAGAUUUGGCUGUCUGAAAGAAGUUGGGCCUCGUGCUCAAGUUCAGCGGGACCACUUCCUGAUGAUGACAGUAAACAUGAAUGACGGUCUCCACAUUAGACCUGGACAGCACAGGAACUCUCAAAAUGACGAAGAGGCACUCAACUCUAUCAUGAAGGACUUGGCAGCACUGGGCCGCUGCUCCACUCAGAACAACAGCCACAAGCCCAAACACAGAACUCUACUGUACAAACAGGAUCUCAGAGUCAAGCUGGAGCAUGAGAGAGAGAAGCGAAUCAUCCCGUUUCAGAGGCCAUUGAAGAUCAAGGAGCUGCAGCAGAAAGUGACGGAGGCCUUUGGACAGCAGAUGGACAUGUUCUUCAUGGAGAAAGAGUUGCUGCUGCCUCUGAAGACUCAGGAGGACCUGGACCAGGCCGUGCUUACCCUUGGAACGAAUGGGCUGCUGCGUAUACUCCUCAAGACCCCCAAGAACAAUCAUUAUCUACAGGUGAACACUAGGGACAAGCAGAGUGAGAUGAAGUCAUCGCGGUCACUAGGGGACCUCAAGGGCUCACUGCUUAAGGGCUCCGAGAGGGUGCGCAAGCACUCCACAGGCUCGCUGCACACGGGCAGGACGUCCCCUCCGCCAGGCAGUGUCCCAGAGGAGCAGCAGCAGAUCGCACGCCAGGGCAGUUACACCAGCAUCCACAGUGAGGGAGAGUUCAUCCCCGAGACCCUGGACCCCAAUGUAAGCAACCAAAAACACUCCUUAACAGUCAUGAUUAAUUAUGUAUAAGUAAGGGAUGGGCAAGUAAUCAACCAAGAGGUCUAUAGCCAAUCCUCUGUCAGUAAAAGCAUGUGGACUGGAAGUAAGAUCUGGCACAUUUUGGUGUUAAAGGUGCACUAUGUAACUUUUCAUAUUAAGCACUGGUCUCCUUGUUGAUGUAAUUUUUUUUCUGGAAUGUUCCAUGUAUGUAAUUAAACUUCAAUCUCCAUGGAGACAAGCAGGUGAUGCCACCAGGCCAUGUUACAGAUCAUGAUUUUUAGUGAGGUGACCUCGCUCCUAUCAAGAAUGCAUGUAAAGAAGGUAUUUUUGUGUAAUAUGACCUGUAGUAGAAUAAAUGCAAGAUAAAUACAUAUCACAGUGGAACAUUUCAGGCAAAGCAAUAGCAUCUCCACGGAGACAAGCAGGACACGAAUUCCACCCCAGAAAAAAAUAAUAAUGUAGCCAUUGUAUUUGAUAAAAUAGAAAAUUGUGAUAGAUAAAUAUGAGAAAAAAAGGUGAUAAUUAUUUUUUUGUCAUAUCGCCCAGGGCUAGUUUAAAUGUUAGAAACAGUGCAGUGUAUUUAGCAAAGCUGCGUAAAACAUGUGUAAAACAUUCAUUCUUAAUCUUGUUUAGUACAUUAUUCUUACUGUGUAAAAAUAUUUUCCUCUAAGUAGAACUUGUAAUGCUGGUUUCCUGAUAGUACAUUUUUGCUGUCAAUAUUCUAAAAGGGAAUUUAUUUGUGCUGUUCCUAGUGCCGUGAUUUACAUAAAUAUUUUGCCUGUAAAUCUGUCUCUGUGAAGUUUAUUAAAGGUGCAUUGUGUAACUUUUCUAGUGGAGGGUCUGUUAUCAGCUUGUUUCUAUGGAGUUGUCAUUGCUCUGCCUGGAAUGUUCCACAGUUAAUUAAAGAGCUCUACCUUCCAUUUAUCCAAUUACAGGUGGUUUUGUAAUUCAAAAAUAUUUAGAAAAACAGGCAUUCUGAUUUUGAGCAGAGUAGCCUUUCCAGGGAUCUGACCUGU